AUGGGCCUCCAAGAGAAGUUGAAGGUUCUGCUGAAGUAUUCGAAAAUAGUGGCAGUAAUAGGAAGUGGUGCUUUUUGUGUUUAUUACAGUAUUGGUCAAACCUGCAAAACAUUAAAUAGUAUUGUUAAUCCAAGAGUAGUUGACCGGGAAAAGAAACAUGUAGCAGAGUAUAUUUACGUCGAUGAUCCCUCGUACAACCGGACAUUCCAAGUGGAGUAUGAUAAGGCGACAAAGCAGUCUGUGGGUCUGGCGCGCAUCUGGAAGAGCUUGAAGCAUUCCUUAGCAUGGAGACUUUUGUGGUUGUGUCGAAAUGGAAAUAAAGAUCAAAGGAACAUAGCGCUAGAACAAUUAGCUUCAUUCAAAAAUAACAAAGUAUGGGAUUGCUGUAAACUUGCUCAAGCUAUAGAUGAGAAUACUGCUGUGUUGUUGGCACGGACUUUUGGUGCUGACUUGCGAUAUUUCCUUCCACCUCCAAUACACAUUCGUAGAGCUGCAUUAUCUAAUGAACUAGUGUCUUUCAAAUUAAGAGACCUUAUUAUUGCUGUACAAAGUGUAAAUCCUCAUAGCUGCAUUGAACACUUUCUCUCCAAAUACUUUGCAAAUGUACAAGAAGCAGCAAUGGAAUCGGAUAGUAUACCAUCUAAACCUGAUAAUAUUGGUGAAAGAGAUCUGUGUAUAUCCUGUAUGGAUGCUAUAUAUCACCAUGUUACUCUUUUCAGUUGUAAAGAUUAUGACAAAGAUAUUUCAACACAAAAAUUGAUCAGUAUGGGGCUACUACCUAUAUUAGCUGAAACUAUGUUAAGAAAUCGCAAUGAUCAGGAUUGUGACCUAGCUGUGCUCAAAGUUCUUACUGUGUUGAGUGUUCAUUGCAAUUUGUUGAAAGACUUUUUUCAAAAUGGCCUCAUUGGUGAAUUAUCACGACUUAUACGGUCAAAGGAUAUAAGGUUAUCAAGUUCAGCAGCAGUAUGCCUCGCAAAUUUAUCUGGAGAAUUUUGCUACAGACCGGGAUUAUAUUUGUUACAUCCUCUCUACAGAACUACAGGUACUACUGCCUGCGAUACUUUGCUUGUGCAUGGACUCAGGGGAGGUGUAUUUGUUACAUGGAGGCAACGGGACAAAAAGUGUGCUCAGCCGGUUGGAAUAAUCGAAGUUACUGUCUCUGAUUUUGACUGUGAGACAACCGAGGUUGUAACAAAGCCAGAGAAGAAAUAUUUAGAUCCUGAUAUGCAGCAGGUAAUGGAAGAUUUAAUAGAAAUAGGAGAUGAAGCAUUACUAUCAGAUUUAGAAGUAGUUCUCCACGAUAUCCCUAUUGAAGCUAUGAGAGAACCCCAGUCAUCUAACAAUUUUACUGCUAAUCACAAAAGAAUUGCACUAAAUCAAGAAGAAGAAGACAAAUAUAAUUAUACAGCCUGCUGGCCUAAAGACUGGCUGCCAAAAGAUAUCAGUAACUUGAGAAUACUUGGUGUGAAUUACUGGACCUCACUGUCAGAAUGGCUUGAAAGAUGUCCUUUACAAACAGCAGACAUAGCAACUCGGGCUUAUGAAAUGGUACCUGCUCUUAUAGACGCUGGUGUAGGUAAUAAAAGUACACCAGUAGUCUGGCUAGCUCAUUCUAUGGGUGGAUUAAUUGUCAAACAAGUGCUAGUUGAAGCGUCCCAAAGUGAUCAGCAAUUAUUGAAGAAAAUUGCUGAGAACACUAAAGCUGUAUUAUUUUUUAGUACCCCACAUAAAGGUAGUUCUAUGGCUACAAUGCCCCGAGCAGCUGCUGCUGUGUUAUGGCCUUCGAAUGAUGUGAGACAAUUACAACAAGAUUCACCAGUUCUAUUGAACCUACACAAAGCAUUCAUUGAAUUUGCAGAUGCUUAUAGUUGGGAAACUAUAAGUUUUUCUGAAACCAUGCCAACACUAGUCACAGCAUUUAAAGUUCCUGUACAUUUUGUAGAGUCUUUUUCGGCGGAUUUGGGCCGUGGUGAAUUUUAUCAACUACCUCUCGAUCAUCUGUGUAUCUGCAAACCAGCAACAAGACAGUCUAUUUUGUAUACCACAGUUUUAGAUGUUCUACAAAGAGUAUCCAUUAAGGAACAAGAGUUACCAUAUUCAAACACUUUUGUCCAAAAAAUUUCAGAGUUAUUUUGGUGGAUUCUAAGGACAAAAGCCAAAGAACUGUUAGAAACUAUAGAUGAGAAUCAAACAAAUGAAGGUUUACGAUGGACAGAGAGGGUCUUAUUGAAUACAUUCACAGAUUAA